AAUUUCAUUGAUAUCCGCCAUCUUGAUUCCUUCGCAAAGGGAAGCGUUUUGAAUCCCUUUGCAUCUGCCAUCAUAAAGACAAUCAUAGAAAAUAUACUUUUAUCAUAUUUAUAAUAUACUUCUAGCACAAUAAUGUGGAAAAUUCGCGAACUCCAGGACAAAGUGACCAAUAUGGUCAUGAAUUAUUCUGAAGUCGAGUCGAAAGUAAGAGAAGCGACGAAUGAUGAUACGUGGGGUCCGCACGGUUCUAUAAUGACCGAAAUAGCGAAGUAUACGUUUACGUAUGAACAUUUUCCCGAAGUCAUGUCUAUGCUUUGGAAGAGAAUGCUGCAGGAAAAAAAGAAUUGGCGACGGGUAUACAAGUCGCUGUUGUUGUUGUCGUAUUUGCUUCGGAAUGGCUCAGAGCGAGUCGUGACUAGUUCAAGAGACCAUAUUUAUGACAUGAGACAGUUGGAAGACUAUCAACAUAUCGACGAACACGGGCGGGAUCAAGGAAUAAACAUUCGACAUAAAGUGAAAGAAUUAAUAGAAAUUAUCCAGGAUGACCAAAGAUUACGGGAUGAGAGAAAAAAAGCAAAGAAAUCAAGGGACAAAUACAAAGGGGUUUCUUGUGAUGAGGUUUCACGGAAAUAUGACUACAGUGAUAGGUACAAUGCAGAGCCAAAGAAUUUUGAUGAUGCUUUCAAUGAAUUUGACGAUAAAACAACAAAGAAGAGCUCGUUUAGAAAGUUCAGAGAAAGAACUUAUUCUGGGAAUAAGGAUGGAGAUUAUAAAGAUGAUGUCUCUAAUAAGAGUGACGAGGAGGAAGGAGAGGACGCCUUUGGGAAAAAAGAGCGCAUACCACAGAAAGAAGAGAGCCCGGUGUUGAAGAAGGCCGUGCGGAAAGUGGAUCUCGGUGCUGCGGCCACUUACGCUCAGGUACAGAGGGACCAGACCAGAAACUCCAGCGGUGAAACGACUUUGAGGGAACAAGCGCAACCAACACAGAGCUCGGCUGGGAACGAGCUCGUCGACUUGUUCUCGUCCUCGGAGAGCCGGCCAGUCGCGAGCAUCCCACCGUUUCAUUCCGACCCGAACCGAAACAGCGACGGCGGCGUUUUCGGAAGUUUCGAGGGCGCGAAUCACAACAACGCGAACGAUUUCGCAGAUUUUAGCGCAUUCUCGGAAGCGAAACCCGCUUCUCCGAACAAGGAUGAUUUCGCGGACUUUCAAUCGUCCGCGAAGGCGCCGCAAUCUGCUCAGAACGGCGACGCGGACCUCUUUCAAGAUUUCGCAUCAGCUUCGAGCUCGAAUCAAGAUCUCUUAUCAAAGCCAAGCAUGGGCGCUAAUGUUUCUAUGCCUUUUCAAACGCAACAAGCAGUUAACUUGCAAGGUAUGCCAACCUCGAUGCAACCAACGAUCCAGCCAGCUAUGCAAACACAGAAUGCUGGUUCAAACAUGUUGAAAACCACCUCGCCUAUGAGUGGAAUGAUGAGUAAUGUACCCAUGAUGGCAGGCAACCAAGGAGGUGUACCCAUGAUGGCAGGCAACCAAGGGGGUACACCCAUGAUGGCAGGCAACCAAGGGGGUACACCCAUGAUGGCAGGCAACCAAGGGGGUGCACCUAUGAUGGCAGGCAACCAAGGGGGUGUACCCAUGAUGGCAGGCAACCAAGGGGGUACACCCAUGAUGGGUGGUUUAUCCACAAUGGGUGGUGGCAACCCUAGCAUGGGUGGGCAACCCAUGAUGAUGACUGGGGCACCAAUGAUGGGUGGUGCCGGGAUGAUGGGCGGUGGCCAGAAUAUGAUGGGUGGGGGGACAAUGACCCCAUCACCUGUGAUGGGAAACAUGAUGUCAUCACAACAAGGCAUGAUGUCACCACAGUCGUCAGCUAAUGUUUCCAAGUCGUCCAUGACCAGCAAUCCAACAAAGAAUACGCAACAGGUCUCUAGCGCAUCGUCGAAGUUAACCACGUGGUCGAACAGCGGUGUAGACAUCAGCUUAGAUAAUCUCGCCCCAGUCUCCCAGAAGGAGAAACCUCAUCAGCCCAGUAUGAAUCAGCUGUACAUGCAACACACCGUGCCCCCACAGAUGUCGUCACCUGGCAUGGGUUACUAUGGUAACACCGGAGGAAUGCAGCAGACCGCAAUGUACGGCGGGAAUCAGAUGGGAAUGCCAAUGAACAUGAUGGGAAAUGGCGUAGGGCAAAUGAACAUGGUUUCACCCCCCGGUAUGAUGAACAGGAAUAUGAUGGCGCAGGGGGGUGCCGUCGGUAUGCAGCAACCAGGCAUGGUUGGCGCAAAUCAAAAUUUUGGUAGAGUUAUGCAAUUUAAAUAAUUUAUUUUCGCCGUCAAAUGGCGUAGACAUAUAAUAAAUAUUUUGGUAGCGUUUGGUAACGAUAAAUAACCUAUAUGCCAGAGGCGGUUUUGAGCGCGGAUAGAGCAUUCUAAACAUUCCAUGGGUAAAUUUUACAACUAGAUUUUUUAUUGAUCACAUUGAAUGGGACUAAUUUAUCGA